CCCUCCAAUUUACAUGCCCUUCACUGAUGUCUCAGUCGGCGACUCCUAUCCGCUUUCCGAAGCUGACGGUAUCCUUCCGACUCCCCCAAAAGGUCAAAAGUUUUCUGCUGCUAGACCGGCGCCGAUUAUGACUGAUCCCAUAAGUCGAAGCACCACUCCAUUGAGCAGCAUUAAUACACCUUCAUCUAUAACAAGCACUAACUACGUGGUGAAUACCCCGAUAUGUUUUUCGUCCGAAACUCCCCCAUCGAGUAGGCAGAUUUCGAGGUCUUCUACUUGGUCGGUCGCCUACAGCGAUUCGAGCCCUAAAUAUGGUAGCCGAUUCAGGCCUUCCAGUGUCCCUACUAUACAUCUUGACAAGUGCCUCAAGAGGGGAAGUAGCGACUUUAUGAACAGUUUCGUUAACCCCGAGGCUCCCUCCCCCCCGGUGUAUUUGGUCAAAACUAAAGCCUGCAGACACUUUGCCAGAGGCUAUUGUGCUUUUGGUGAUAAGUGUGCAUUUGCUCACACUGUUGACGAACUCAGAGUGAGGCCGCCGAACUUGUGCAAGACCAAACUCUGCGACCGUGGGAGAAAUUGUCGUCGCCCUAAUUGUGGCUACGCCCACAGUAAAGCUGAGUUGUUCCACAUUGAACCAGAUUGCCCUGACAUCAAGGGCGUUGAUGAUGCUAUGUCUGACUACUACCAGGACUUGCAGUAUAUCGAACAGCUGGGUGUUAUGUAUGCUGCCGCUACUGAGAAACAUGAUAAGGUUUAGAUUUUUUUCUGGAAAACACUCUAUUGAUCUUCCCCACAAAUAUAUAGUUUUUCCCUGUUAUCAUUCAAGGCACUCU